UCGCUCAUGGCCAGACGGCCCCCGUCGUCACUGGGGGUGUGAUCAAAUCUCCGCACCGCCUUCCUUUUGCUCGGCUUUCUGCUGCCCCCAGUCAUUCUACGUCUUUUUUCUUCUGCUGUUACUUUUUCUGUUCUUUUCUUCUUUCGUGGUGACGUCGGUAUCUAUUUCAUGAUAUUGGUUUUCCCUUUGUACAGUUUCAUUGUGUUCCUACUCGCGAGUUUUCACCUUGGGUUUCUCUUCUUUUUGCCUCUCUAACUUUCCCGCCGUUGUUCUAGGACUUCACCCGAUUCCUCCUCUUGACCGCCGGCUUCCCUUCCCCACAACCUUCCCGACCGCCACACUACCCGCCGCCUCUUCCGCCAGCCCUCUAUCCUCUUGACCAACAAGAACAUCACAUCCCGUCCGCUGUACACCGUCGUUUAUGGAGGUGGCCGAGAGUCGGGACCCUGCCUCGGUGGGUCCGCCAACCGGGGCAGACACCAACACCACCAAUGAGCAGCACAAUUUGUUCCUGGACGAUUCGCUCGUCGGCGAUGAUCGGUCCAGUAGUCUCAGCGAGAUCGACGAGAUGUCGGACAACAUGCCCUCCGAUUAUGAAUCGCCAAGACCAGACCCGGCGCCCGCCCCCGAAAAUGAUUCCGAGGCCGAAACGGAGCGGGUCGAUGACUCCCCGAAUAACGUCCGCUCCCGAACCAACAUCGUCGUGAGCGCGACCAGCGGCUACGAGCCGAGUCCCAGCAAGCUGGUCCAGUCCACGACGUACGACGAAGUCGACGACGAUGAGGCUCACCCCGUCGACGAUUCCCCCACCAAGCCUCGUUCCAAACCGCCCCGCUCGGUGGAACCCCCUCGGGAGGAGACCUUGGAGCCCGACGGUCCCGUCUUGUCAGACAGCCUGGGUAAGAAGCGGAAGCGGCUCGGCUCGGGUGAGGACGCGGGAACGACGGAGGCCGACGACGAAGACGGCCCUCCGCACAAGCGCCGCGGCUCCCUCAAGAGCGAGCUUAGCGAUCCACCCGCCGACGACAUCGUCCUGACGCCCGAACCCGUGGAAGAGGAACCGUCCAAGACGACUGCGGAGGAAGACAACAUCCCGGCCGACAACGCCCUCGAAUCGGAUCUGCCGGCGGCGCCGGUCAAGGUCAAAAAGGGCAAGAAGGGGAAGCGCAAAGGCCGGAAGACGCGCGACGCCGAUGAGGACGUUGACGGCGUCGGCGACACCGAAGGCGGCGCAGACGAUCACACCGGCGAUGACGACACGGCCGAGCGCGGCGAAGAAGCCGACGACGGCGAGGCAGCAGCCCGACUAGAGGAAGAAGGUGAGCGCAUUCUCAUGGUGCUCUUAUAUCCCCUUGCUAACCCAUUCGAUAGCCGCGAAGCGGAUGUCCGCCAUGGAGUCUCUGGCCGGUCUAGAACGCGAAUUUGCGACCCUGCGAGACAAGUAAGCAAGCAUCACCUCUUUCCCAGGUCCAAUACUAAUCACGUUCUACAGGAUAUAUGACGAACGGAUAUCGAAACUGAACAACGAGCUCGAUAUGCUGAAAGGCCCCAAUCCCACACAUCCCGACCUGUUACGACAGCUCGAGUGCCUGCAGCGAUACCGUGAUGACAAGAUCCACUACGAGCACACCCUCUUCCAGUACCGUCUCAAAUCCCUCCUUAAUAAGAGUCUCGCGGAACGGGCGCAGGCACACAGCACGUACUUCCAGCGCAUCCGGGACCUUCGGGAGAAGCACUCGACGAACACGAGCAAGCAAUUCUACGC